AUGUUUUAUUCUAAUCAAAUAAAGGAAUUUGGAUGCUUGAAUAUUGCAACAACUAAUUCGAUUAAACAGAGUAGUUUAAUUUUGAAUUCUAAUUUCUUUAAUAAUAAUGGUAGUUCAGGCGUAGCUAUAUUUUCAGCUAAUAUUCCUAUUAAGAUUAUUCAGUGUAACAUAAUUAACAAUAUUGCAAUUAAUUAAGGAGGUGGGAUAUUUUUGGACAUGGAUACCAAUUAUUUAGUUAUUAAUAAAUCCAUAAUUUUAAAUAACCUUGCCUUUGAAGGUGGUGGAAUAUACUUAUUUAAAGAUGGGAAUAUCAAUAAUAAAAAUUUGAUUUAAACAUUUCUGUAAUUCAACAAAGCAGACUUUCUGACAAAUAAUACAGUUGAAUUCCCAACUCAUUUAAGCUUAUUAAUUAAUUCUCAAGAGAUGGCAGCAGAUGAACUUAUAAUAAAUAAUAUUACAAUAAGAUCUCUAAAACUUAAACCUUAUAAAAUAAUAGAGUAGGGUGUUAUAAAGCUUAGUAAGUAUUUGAUGAUACCAAGUGAAUAAGUAAUCAAAAAAUAUAAGAAUGUAAUACCAUAAUUAUAAAUUGCUAAAAAUAUGUUAAAUGAUCUAUUCAUAACCUUAAAAAAUAGCAAAAAUGAGGUACUAAAAAAUUCAAAUAAGGUUACUUGCUUAGUUUCAUAAGCAACUGCUGCUCAAUUAGAUGAGGUUUAACGAUUUGAAGAUUUUAAAUUUAUUAGUACUCUUUAAAUUGACCAAUUUAAUUAAUUUGAUUUAGGAUCUCUCUCCUUCCAUUUUGAUCCAUAUCACGAUGAAAAUCAUAAUUUAUAAAUUUUAGUGAAUUGCUCAUCAAAUAGUUCACAAGAUUAAUUAUUGUAUUUAAUCAUUUCAAGAACUUAUAAAUGUUAAUUAGGAGAAUUUUACAUUGAUGAAGGAUGCUAAAAUUGUGAUUCCAUUUUUGGAUUUUAUUCAGUAACAUAUAAUGCUACAAAGUGCUCAAUAUUUGAUAAAACAAAGUUUGCAAAUAUAUCUUCAUAUGCAAUAUAAUUAUUAUAAGGCUAUUGGAGACCAAAUUUAUACUCCGAUUAUACUGAUUAUUGUUUCAAGAAUAUAGAAUUUUGUAAAGGAGGAUGGAAAGUAGGGGAUGAGCUUUGCUCUUUGGGUCAUCUUGGAGGUUUGUGUGAGGAAUGCGAUUACCAUAAUCAAAGAGGGGAAGGAAACUUUUUUAAGAAUUAAUAGGAUUCCGAAUGUUAUAGUUGCUCGACUAAAACUAUCAUGCAUUUUAUUAUCUCCUUUCUUUGGUAUGGCUAUAAAACUAUUAAAGGACUGUUGUUUCUGUACUAAUCACACUAAGAAGUAUUCAAAAUUCUAACAUGUUAUUUUCUAAGCUUCGAUUUAAAUUGAGAUUUAGAAAAAUCUUAUUUAAAUUAGAAUAAGGUACAUCUAUAAUAUUUAUACAUAUUAGAUAUGGAAGGCAUAUUCAUUAAAAUGUUGUUCAUAUAUUUAUGGAUAUUUUCGGUCACAUUUACUUUUAAUCUCAAAUUUUCAAUUUCAUUUUCUUUCAUUGAUCAAACUAGCAAUACAUCUUAAUUCAUGGCAUCUAGUCUUGAUUGCUUUCUAUCUGAGAUUUCUUCAAUUGAACUCAUUUAUGUUAGAAUUAUUGUUACCAUUUUAUUGACACUAAUAUAGUUUGGAGUCAUUUUUAUAGGAUACUAGUUGUAUAUAUUAGUGUCGAGAAGAAAGUUCCAAACCUACAUUAUUUCAAAUACAUUAUUAUACUUAUAUGUAUCAAAUUUCUCUGGGUUAAUUAAACAGUAAUUAAUAUUAUUGAUUAUAAAGAUUUUGUUCGAUUGUGUCUAAAAGAAUAAUAUCAAACAUUUCAUACAUCCAGGGAGAUUUAACCUAAACUUUUGGUUCUUUAGAUCAUAAUUAGUGGAUAUGGAAAUUUGCUAUACCUGGAUUAGCUGUAUUUGGAUUUCUUAUUCCAUUUGCUUUGUUUUUGAUUAUGUUCAUAACUAAGAAAAAUUUUAAUAAGAUUUAAUUUAGAAGACAUUUUUGUUACUUGUUUGAUGAAUAUAAUGAAGAAAACUAUUUUUGGGAGUAAAUCAAGUUUUCAAAAAAAAUUGGCAUAGUCGUGAUUAUGACUUAUUUUGACUCCAAUAUUGUGCUUAAAACAUCAUUGUUAGGUUUAUUGUUAUUAAUAUAUUAAAUAUUAGCAGGAAUGUAUUAACCUUAUAAACUAUAAAAAUUAAACCACUUGGAUCUCUAAGCAACUUAAAUAUGCUCUAUUGCCAUUUUUAUAGCAAUAGCUAAGUAUGUUAGUGAAUAGGAAUUUCAGAAUGCUUCCUCCCAAAUUUUCUAAGUUCUCAUUAUGCUUCUUUGUAUUAAACUCUGCUACCAGUUUAUUUUAAAUAUCUUUCAAGCAUAUGUUAAAAAAUAUAAGGCAUUAUUUAUAACUAAACUCUAUAAUAUUUUGAAAUUGAUAAGUCCAAAAUCUAAAAAUACAAUUAAUCUGGGCACUUUACUUAAAUAAUAGAGAAUAAGAUAAGAAAGAAUGAAAAACAAUUUUUCAAUUUUAAGAGCGCAUAUAUUAAAAAUAUCAAAUGCAUAAAUUAAAUAUCAAAAAUAAUAUUAUCAUUAAUAUAGAAUCCUUUACGCUGUUAAUCCCAUUAUAAAUUGGCAUCAUUAACCAGGCAUAAGCAAUUAAAAGCACAUCUAAAUAAUACGCACAACAUUAGAUAAAUGA